GCGAUGCAGCUCAAGACUGGAAAGGCGGGGUUCCAUGACACCUCAACCUCAUCACUGGGGAAGCUGCGUUUGUGCCUCGGACCACGUCAUGACAGUAUCUCCCAUCCACGUUCCAUGAACUCUAUCGACCGUCCGGAACUCCCCUCUUUCAUCAGUUCCCGAUUACGCUUCGACCUUGUCAAGAGCCGGCCUCACAAUUACCAAUAUGGACGACAAUUCGGAUAUCCUCGAAGUUUCCCCUGUGGGAGACAUCAUCCUGGUCGUCGGCCCUCCUGGGGAGGAGCAAUUGCGUCUUAGGGUUUCGUCCACAAUCCUUAGAUCGGCCUCCAAAGUCUUCGACGCCAUGUUUUCGCCGCCUUGGGUUGAAAGCUCCCGCACGCUUUCGCUCGAAUCUCCCAAGGACGUUGAACUUCCUGAAGACGACCCCGAGGCAAUGAAAGCAAUCUGUUACGUCAUCCACCACCGUCCUGACAUGAUAUCCUUUGUUGAUGUGAAUGCAAAGCAAAUUCUACAGGCUGCCCGUACCAUUGACAAAUACGAUCUGGGUACGGCAAUGCAACUCGUUACCGACAAGUGGCUCCGUCAACAGCUACGAGCCAAAAGCGUCGAGGACCUGCUGUACAUGGCCGCGGCGGCCAUGGUGUUGAAGAACUACAAGGCUUUUUCCAAGCUCACCUGGCUUGUCAUGAUCACCCACGAAGGCAGCUAUCUCCGCUUCCAAAACGAUGAUCAACUUAGGGAGCUGUUCCCCUCGGAAAUGUUCUGUAAGGUCCUACUCAUGGAGCGAAGCUUCUCGAUCCGUGCACAACUUUCCAAGGCCUUGCAAAGAGCAAAAGCAACUCGCAUAUUCGGCUCAUGUAACUGCGCGGAUACCCUUGAUGGUGAAAUAAAUUCGGUGAACCUUGACUACCGUGUUGCCUCCGAUACUAGUAUCUCGAUCCUGGAAGCAUUGAGGGGCAUGCUCGAGGUUGCCAUGGCGCAAGAUAUUUUCAGGAAAAGUAACUGCCCAUCUCUUACUCGGCACUCAUGUGAUGGUAUUCAUUACAUCCUUCCGGACUGGACCGAGAGCGAAACCAGUCUCUGCCUCCAAUGCCUACAGAACGACCCGAACAUGGAGAAGGCAUGCGAGCAUAAAGUGAGACCUCCCUAUGUGGGGAAUCGCGAGCUAGAGCUAUUAUAUCUGUAUUGACAUCAACAAUGGACGGGGUGUUGAGUUCGCUUCAAAUGAAGAGCACUUGGAUGUAACUCGGAAGGAUUGAUGGCCUUGGAGAUGACAGAGAUAUGCAAGGGAGAACCUGCGCGCAUCCUAUGAUUUCCUACACGUACCCUACAGAAUUUGCAAUCUUUCAUAUUUCUUUCACGAU